AUGUACGGGUCUUUAUUUAAAUCAGCCACGAGAAUAAUAUUUGGCAAGAAGCCAGCAAUUAAUACUUUAAUUCAAACCAGAAACAAGAUGAAAACUCAUAAGGCAGCCGCAAAGAGAUUUAUUAAAACUGGAAAUGGGUUCAAGAGGAAACAAGCUGGAAGGAACCACGGAAAUGGUGGAUUUAGUGCUAAUUCUAUUCGACAAUUAGACUCUUUUGUUCCAGUCACCGCAAAGGGUGGUCAUUUGAAGAAGUUGAAAAAUUCUUUAUAA